AAAAAAAAAAAAAAAAACUCUUUGGAGCCACUGGCCAGCAAGGAAAUGCAGUAGCCAAAGCUCUUCUAGCCAAGAAUUACAAAGUUAGAGCAGUAACACGCAGCCCUGAUAAUGCCAAGGCUCAAGAAUUGAAGAAGCUAGGUGCUGAAAUAGCUCAAGUCAAAAACAUGGAUAACAGACACGACAUGAAGCAAGCGAUCAAUGGCUCAUAUGGAGUGUUUGCUGUUACCAACUACUGGGGAAUGGUUGGCGAAAAUCCUAAAACUGCUUACGACCGAGAGAUUGCUCAAGGAAAGGCCAUUGGAGAUAUUUGCAACGAGUUAGGCGUUAAGCACCUUGUUUACAGUGGCCUUGAACAUGUGGAAGCGAUUAUGGAGAAGCCUUGUCCCCACUUUGAUACCAAGGGCAUUGUUGAAAAGUAUCUUGAUGAGAAGAGUGUUCCUAACACCAGCACUCGAUACGCAUUCUAUUUUGACAACUUUUUAGGUUUAUUCCCGAUGCAGAAACAAGACGAUGGUACAUACACUCUAACCUUCCCUGCACAGAAGCCAAUGGAUGGAGUAGCUGUUGCUGAUUGUGGCCCAGCAGUAGCAGCAAUCUUUGAUAACCCAGAAGAAUACAUUGGAAGGAAAAUAGGAUUCAGCGGGGACAAACUGACAGGUCAUGAGUAUGCAGCCAUCCUUAGCAAGGUGAUAGGCAAAACAGUCAACUUUAACUAUGUUCCCCCGGAAGUUUUUGCAAAAUUCCCAUUCCCUGGAGCAGAUGACAUAGCAACUAUGUUCGAAUUUUAUGACUUUGGAAAUGGGCCAGAUCGAAGUGUUGAGUUGACCUGCAAGCUUAAUCCAGCUGUUCAGGGAUUCGAAGCAUGGGCACGACAGAACAAAGACCAAAUUCCAGUCUGAACACUAUUAUUGAAUACAACUAUAACACUAUUAUUGAAUACAACUGUAACACUAUUAUUAUACCAUGUUAUACGUACGUUAUAUACAAUGAUACAGUAAUUGGUUCAUUUUCCGCAACCAAA